AUGCUAGACGAUUGGGAUAUACGCCAGUCCAACAUCUACCUCAUGGUAGACGCUGUUGAUGAAUGCGUCGUGUCCGAAGAUCGCAAAAGGCUUCUGGAGUUGAUUGUGCAGCUUUCCAGAAAGCUCCCACACGUCAAGUGGAUCAUCUCUUCACGCGGCUGGAACGACAUUCGCGAUGUGCUUGCCGAUCAUCGCCCCAUGAUUCGCCUUGCACUAAACCCUAAAUCUGAAGUAACCCUGGAGGCGAUCAACACCUACAUCGAGUAUAAAGUCAGGGCUUUGGCUAAGAAGAAGAGACUGGAUCCGUCGAACGCAGCAGCUAUCCGGGACUACUUGAUUGACAACGCCGGAGGGACAUUCUUGUGGGUAGCCUUGGUCUGCCAGAAGCUGGAAGGCCACACGGGCGUACGUUGGAAAGAGAUCAUGCAAGCCUUCCCCCCUGGGCUUAAAGAGCUAUACAAAAGGAUGCUCCAGCAGAUUGAGGGCUUGGACGAGCCUGAAGCAAAUCUCUGCAAGUUCGUACUCUCGGUUGUAACAAUAGCCGUCCGACCUCUGCAUCUUUCAGAACUGGCAAGCCUUUUGAAAGAGCUCGACCAUAUCACUGAUAAAGAAGCGGAAUCAAAGGAUAUACUCGGCACCUGUGGAUCGUUCCUGUCGCUUCACAAUGGGAGGGUCGUCUUCGUCCACCAGUCGGCGAAAGACUAUCUCACAGGUGACGCUCGCAAGAUUGUAUUCCCAAAAGGUCAAAAGGUCACCCACGCUGCUAUAGUAGCUCGGUCCAUGCAGUUGCUAUCACAGUUCUAUCAGAAACCUUGUAGACCACGGGGAUCAUACGGAGAACCGCCUGAAAGUGAGGCUUCGGUGAACGGUCUUCUUUACCCCACGGCUCAUUGGCCAUCUCAUGCCAUGCGCAGCAAAGAUAAGAUCACGGCUCAUCUGUACUCUGGCCAAGGCCCCGUCUGCACAUUCUUACGACAGUACGAGCAGCGAUGGCUUGAUGAAGUAGGUCUGGCUAAAGGGCAUCAGAUGGCUGCGGAUCUUUGGACAGAAUUCGUGGACAAGAACGAAUAUCCCGAGUUUGACGACAUACUCUUCAGCAUGUUCUGCAAAUUGCCAGAUUAG